CUUUUAAAAUGCUUUUAUUUUGAAAGCCGGAGGGAUGUAGCGGUUGUGUACGUGUUUCCGAGUGUUUCCGAGUCUCAGCGAUGCUUUCCGACGAAACACAGUUAGCAUAGAACGUGUUUGUCGGUGUUAGCUUAGCGUAGGAAGGAAUAAGAAGUUCAGUUUAGUGUCUUUUAACUAUCUGAGGUUAACGUCCAGAGUCCAGCAGACGAUGAAGUAGCGGAGGGACGCAGAAUGACAAAGCCCCAAAAAAAGCCAUGCCCCUCCUGUCAGGCCCCAAAUUCCCUCGGGAGGAUGACAUGUGUGGAGUGUGUCUGCCCUCUGCAGUUUAAUGAAGGAUUACAAAAAAAACAAGCCAAGCUGAACCAGUGUAGCUGGGCAUCUACUGUCAAGUCUCACAGAAACUCCAGCAGGAGCAUUAAGUCGGCCCAGCUAUCAGUGAGUUCUACUGUACUUUCUGGAGUAUAAGUCACACUUUUUCAUAGUUUGGCUUGAUCUACGACUUAAAAGUCAGGUGCGACUUAGAGAUCAAAAUAUAUAUAGUUCAAUAUGUUUUUAAACAUUAAUUCAUAUUGACUGACAUGAACCAAGGAGUUAUCAUUAUAGUCUACAGCAGCGAGAGGGCGCUCUAGGCUUGUGACAACUAUAUGCUGCUCCUGUACCCCUGAAAAAAUUAACUGAAAGACUGAACACAACCAAAAUGCCGCAAAAGCGAAAAUCCUAUUCUGCUGAUUACAAACUGCAGGUAGUCAAAUAUGCAGCCGCACACGGUAAUCGAGCAGCAGAAAGAAAUUUUGGAGUGAGUGAGAAACUUGUGAGGGACUGGCGAAAAAUAGAGGCUGCUCUUUCUGCAAUGAAGAAGACAAAAAAAGCUAAUCGCGGGCUGAAACCGAGAUGGCCAGAGCUGGAGGAACGAGUCCAAAAAUGGGUGUUUGAACAACGUGCUGCCGGGAGAGGCGUGUCACUGGUGCAGUUGCGUCUCCAAGCCGUGGUAGUUGCCAAGGAGAUGAAAUUAAAGGACUUUGCAGGCGGGCCUUCUUGGUGUCAGCGCUUCCUGCAACGCAACCACCUCUUUAUCAGAGAACGGACGUGUCCGAAACCGGCAGCAGACGUCCAAGCCAAGGUCGACAGUUUUCAUGAGUUCGUUGGAAAGCAGGUUUUUAAACUCAAUGCCCUUGGCUGCUGCCCGAUUCUUUUCUUUGGACGUCGGGGCCGCAACGGGGAGGUUUCCGGGGACAUAGUCCACCACAUCGCUCUGACUGAUGGUGAUGUCCAGGAUACAGUGAAGGAAAUGAGGAGACUCUAUGAGCACCUCCUGAAAAGUUUACCUAUGGAUGUCCAGCAAGUGAUUGCUGGUGAAGAACAUCAGCAGGAGUCAAGUUCCGGUCUGGAACAGGAGGACCCAGAGCCCCCGCACAUUAAAGAGGAACAGGAAGAACUCAAGGCCAGUGAGGAUAAAGUGCAGCUUCAAGGGCUGGAGGAGGUUGAUAUCACCAAGCUCCUAUUCACUCCUUCCCCUGUGGGUGAAGAACAUGAGCAAGAGUGGAGCUCCAGUCCAGACCAGGAUGACACAAAGCCUCCCCACAUUAAAGAGGAACAGGAGGAACUCCAAGCCAGUCAGGGUGAAGUGCAGCUUCAAGGGCUGGAGGAGGUUGAUAUCACCAAGUUCCUAUUCACUCCUGCCCCUGUGAAGAGUGAAGAUGAAGAAGAGAAACCUCAGUUCUCACAGCUUCAUCACAGACUAACUGAAGAGAUCAAAACAGAAGCUGAUGAAGAGGACUGUGGAGGACCAGAACCAGCCACAAACUCGGAUCCAGAUUGGAAUUCUGAUGAUGAGACUGGAGAUUCUUCUGAACCUGAGACAGAUGACAGUAAUGAUUGGAAGGAGACCAGAGAACCUCAGUCAGGUUUAAACUCUCUGAAUGAUAAUGAAGUCUAUGGCAGUGAUCUGAGACGUAGUACUGGUGAGAGAGAGUGUGGAAAAAGAUUUGGCGCCAGUGGACAUCUGAGAUCUCAUGCAGGAGAGAAACCAUUUAGCUGCUCCGUCUGUAAGAAAGCUUUUUCAGACAAUGGAGAUUUACAGAAACACAUGAUAUUACACACAGGUGAGAAACCAUUUAGCUGCUCAGUAUGUGAGAAAGCUUUUAGAAUUAUUGGACAUUUAAAGACACACAUGAAAAUCCACACAGGAGACAAGCCAUUUAGCUGCUCAGUCUGUAAAAAAGAUUUUAGAGUGAGUCGAAGUUUACAGAAACACAUGAGAAUCCACACAGGAGAGAAACCAUUUAGCUGUUCCGUCUGUAAGAAAGCGUUUAUAAAAACUGGACUUUUACGUAGACAUAUGAGAGUUCACACAGGUGAGAAACCAUUUAGCUGCUCUGUCUGUAGUAGAGCUUUUUCAGAGAAUGGAGGUUUACAGAAACACAUGAGAUUACACACAGGAGAGAGACCAUUUAGCUGCUCCGUAUGUGAGAAAGCUUUUACAGAGAGUGGAAGUUUACAUAAACACAUGAAAACACACACAGGAGAGAAACCAUUCAGCUGUUCCGUCUGUAAACGGGCUUUUACAGACAGCGGUAAUCUUAAUAAACACAUGAGAACCCACACUGGAGAGAAACCAUUUAGCUGCUCAGUCUGUAAGAAAGACUUUAGAAGUAGUGGACAUUUAAAGACCCACUUGAGAAUCCACUCAGGAGAGAGGCCAUAUAUUUGCUCAGUCUGUAAAAAAGAUUUUAGAGUGAGUGGAAGUUUAAAGAAACACAUGAGAAUCCACACAGGAGAGAAACCAUUCAGCUGCUCAGUCUGUAAGAAAGCCUUCACAGAAAGUGGAAAUUUAAACAUACACAUGAGAAUUCACACGAGAAAGAAACCAUUUGGCCAAGGAGAGCGAAUAACCUCAGUCAGGUUGAAACCCCCUGAAAGUAAAUGAUUAAAAAGGGAUAUGAGAUUCAACACCUCCACCUUCCAAGUCAAAAAUCCAAUACACUAUCAAGAAAUUGAUCUGAUUGUGAAUUUAAUGCAACUGUUGAAUCACAAGGAUUAACUUGUUAAUUUUGGAAACAUAAAGUCUACUUGUUUUCAAAAUAGAACAAACAGCCAAUGGAUUUGACCCGAUCUCUCUCCUAAAUGGAAGUUGUUCUGUAGUCACAAGGAACACCCACCCAACUCAGUCUCCCAGCAGACUCCCCAGUCUUCCUGACUAAGUUUGAAGGGCUGUGACAUCAUCAUCUCUCUAAGGGCAACAGCGGCUGCUGUUCUUGGCUGCACUCCAGAUAGUUUUCUCUAGCAGAUGUCCCAGUAAACCAGUUAUCACUGAUUUGGACAAAGGCUACCAGUUAACCUUAAACUACUGAAGAACAAAAGCAGUUAGCACCAUGUUAACUACCAGGACUGAAGCUUCACUCAGCCUGCAGAGUUGGGAUGCAGAGACUGCAUCGCUUGACUUUGUUCUCCCAGCCAACAAUAGGAUUUCAUCAUGUGGUAAUGGGACCAACUAGGCUAGCAUUAGCAUAGUGACAGCAACUAAGCAAAGUUGUUAACUGUUUAGCUUUUUUUAAUGUUCAUGUAUAGAUUUGAUUUAUUGGCAUCUAGACCAACUGGAUAUUUUUGUUAUGUUCGUUUAGUCGAGUUAUUGGACGGCCAAACUGCUAAGUUGUUAGUUCAGGCUUUGACACUGAGUCUAGCAUGUAAACAUCCUUCUUUCUAACCAUGUUACUUAUCGAACACAGAUGGACAUCUACACACACAUUAACAGUAGGCAAACCUUUGAUUUGAAUCUGACAUAGAAAAGUUUAAAGAUUAAAAUUUCUUUGAGUGAUUCUUAUGUAUGUGAAAUAUAUGCGUGUCUUUGAUAUAUUUGUAUAAGCUACUGGAUGUCUUAAAUUUCCCUUGGGCUUAAUAGAAUAUCUAUCUAGCUAUCUAAAAUGCUGUGAGGAGCCCCAAGUCUGCCUUUAUUGGUUCUCUGUUCAGUCCAACCAAUGUGGCCUUAACAAAAAAGCUGCCAUCUUUCAUUUGGCCGUCCUGUUUGAAGUACAUGUGCUUGUUCUCAUGUCGCUUGGAGGGGAAAGACACCAGAGCUGCGUCUCAUGGUCCUUAUUUGACAACUCCUCGGCUUAACCAAAAGUUCUGUCCCUGCUCGAUGAAGGCCGUUUCAAAGCUCUUAUUUGUGCCCCAAGGAACAAGGAUGCACAUCACAAAGGGAUCUUUGAGGACCCUUAGGCGAGGAUCCAGGAAAGCAGCUGAAGGAGUCGCUAACUCCGCCCAAACAGCUGAUGAUUUCCUUGCGUCUCUCCCGUGCCGCCUCAGUGCGAGGGACUAAGACGCGAGGAAAGAAGUGGAGGACUCGAGGAGGCAAUUCAAGGGCUAUGGGAUACACCUGAGGAGUGAGGAAACAAGCAAAUGUGUUUUAGAGGGACGAGACGUCCUUUCCUCUGAUGUGUCUUAGCAACCUUAUAGCUGCACGGCUUCCAGGAAGGCUGCCCGCGUGUUUCCUCGGUCCCAAAUAAGAGCUUUGAGAUGGGGGAGCUAUCAAAUAAUCAGCUGUAGAUGCAGCCGUGCUCAGUUCAGGUAAACUAUCUCAUCUAUGUAAA